AUGGCUUUAGCCGGGCUCUGCGCCCUGCUCGCCUGCUGCUGGGGGCCGGCGGCGGUGCUGGCCACGGCCGCCGGCGACGUGGACCCAUCCAAGGAGCUGGAGUGCAAGCUCAAGAGCAUCACGGUGUCGGCGCUGCCCUUCCUGCGCGAGAACGACCUGAGCAUCAUGCACAGCCCCUCGGCCUCCGAGCCCAAGCUCCUCUUCUCGGUGCGCAACGACUUCCCGGGAGAAAUGGUCGUGGUGGACGACCUGGAAAACACGGAGCUGCCCUACUUCGUGCUGGAGAUCUCGGGAAACACAGAGGACAUCCCUCUGGUGCGCUGGAGGCAGCAGUGGCUGGAGAAUGGCACUCUGCUCUUUCACAUUCAUCACCAAGAUGGUGCUCCCAGCCUCCCUGGACAAGACCCAACUGAAGAACCCCAGCAUGAGUCAGCAGAAGAGGAAUUGAGGAUCCUGCACAUCUCAGUCAUGGGUGGCAUGAUCGCUCUCCUGCUGUCCAUCUUGUGCCUGGUGAUGAUCCUGUACACUCGUCGACGCUGGUGUAAACGCCGCCGGGUGCCCCAGCCCCAGAAGAGUGCCAGCGCUGAGGCAGCCAACGAGAUUCACUACAUUCCCUCCGUGCUGAUCGGCGGGCAUGGGCGGGAGAGCCUGCGCAAUGCCCGCGUGCAGGGCCACAACUCCAGCGGCACCCUGAGCAUCCGGGAGACACCCAUCCUGGACGGUUAUGAGUACGACAUCACGGACUUGCGCCACCACCUGCAGAGGGAGUGCAUGAACGGAGGGGAGGACUUUGCCAGCCAGGUCACCCGCACCCUGGACUCCCUGCAGGGCUGCAACGAGAAGGCGGGGAUGGACCUCACACCAGGAAGCGACAAUGCCAAGCUGUCGCUGAUGAAUAAGUACAAAGAUAACAUCAUCGCCACCAGCCCCGUGGAUUCCAAUCACCAGCAGGCCACCCUGCUCUCGCACACCUCCAGUAGCCAGAGAAAGCGGAUCAACAACAAGGCAAGAGCUGGUUCCGCCUUCCUGAACCCUGAAGGAGACUCUGGCACAGAGACAGAAAACGACCCCCAGCUGACUUUCUACACCGACCCCUCCAGGAGCCGGAGGCGCAGCAGAGUGGGCUCCCCCCGAAGUCCUGUGAAUAAGACCACCUUGACGCUGAUCAGCAUCACCAGCUGUGUAAUCGGUCUCGUGUGCUCGUCCCACGUCAGCUGCCCCCUCGUUGUCAAAAUCACCCUGCACGUCCCCGAGCACCUGAUCGCCGAUGGGAGCCGCUUCAUCUUGCUGGAGGGGAGCCAGCUGGAUGCCAGUGACUGGCUGAACCCAGCCCAAGUGGUGCUCUUCUCUCAGCAGAACUCCAGUGGGCCCUGGGCCAUGGACCUCUGUGCCCGGCGGCUCCUGGACCCCUGUGAACACCAGUGCGACCCCGAAACUGGUAGGCGGGAGCACCGGGCAGCGGGGGAAUGCCUUUGCUACGAAGGUUACAUGAAGGAUCCAGUACACAAGCAUCUUUGCAUUCGGAAUGAAUGGGGCACAAACCAGGGGCCUUGGCCUUACACAAUAUUUCAGCGGGGCUUUGACCUGGUUUUGGGAGAACAGCCUUCUGAUAAAAUAUUCAGAUUCACCUACACCCUUGGGGAGGGCAUGUGGUUGCCCCUCAGCAAGAGUUUUGUGAUCCCACCGGCUGAACUGGCCAUCAACCCUUCGGCAAAGUGUAAGACGGACAUGACAGUGAUGGAGGACGCUGUGGAGGUCAGAGAGGAGCUGAUGACCUCGUCCUCCUUUGACAGCCUGGAGGUUCUCUUAGAUUCCUUUGGGCCAGUGCGCGACUGCAGCAAGGAUAACGGGGGCUGCAGCAAGAACUUCCGCUGCAUCUCAGACCGCAAGCUGGACUCCACUGGUUGUGUGUGCCCGUCCGGACUGAGCCCCAUGAAGGACAGCUCUGGCUGCUACGACCGCCACAUUGGGGUGGACUGCUCAGAUGGCUUCAAUGGCGGCUGUGAGCAGCUGUGUCUCCAGCAGAUGGCGCCCUUCCCGGAUGACCCCACCUUGUACAACAUCCUCAUGUUCUGUGGGUGCAUCGAGGAUUACAAGCUUGGUGUGGAUGGACGCUCUUGCCAGCUCAUCGCGGAGACCUGCCCAGAGGGCGGUGACUGUGGGGAAAGCAGGGAGCUUCCCAUGAACCAGACCCUCUUUGGGGAAAUGUUCUUUGGUUACAACAACCAUUCCAAGGAAGUCGCUGCUGGGCAAGUGCUGAAAGGAACAUUCAGGCAAAACAACUUUGCUCGGGGUUUAGACCAGCAACUGCCAGAUGGUCUUGUGGUGGCCACUGUUCCCCUGGAGAAUCAGUGCCUGGAGGAAAUCUCGGAGCCCACCCCUGACCCCGACUUCCUGACUGGGAUGGUGAACUUCAGUGAGGUGUCUGGAUACCCUGUGCUGCAGCACUGGAAGGUCCGGUCUGUGAUGUACCACAUCAAACUCAACCAAGUGGCCGUCUCUCAGGCCCUCAGCAAUGCGCUCCACUCCCUGGAUGGAGCUACGUCUCGUGGGGAUUUUGUGGCCCUGUUGGACCAGUUUGGCAACCACUACAUCCAGGAAGCUAUCUACGGCUUUGAGGAGUCCUGUUCCAUCUGGUACCCAAACAAGCAGGUGCAGCGGCGACUCUGGCUGGAAUAUGAAGACAUCAGCAAAGGCAACUCUCCAUCCGAUGAGUCGGAGGAGCGGGAAAGAGACCCCAAGGUGCUGACGUUCCCAGAAUACAUCGCCAGCCUGUCAGAGUCUGGCACCAAGCGCAUGGCAGCUGGGGUCCGCAUGGAGUGUCAGAGCAAGGGCCGAUGCCCCUCAUCCUGCCCCCUGUGUCAUGUGACAUCCAGCCCUGACACUCCUGCUGAGCCAGUUCUGCUGGAGGUGACCAGAGCAGCCCCCAUCUAUGAACUGGUGACCAACAACCAGACCCAGAGGCUCUUGCAGGAGGCCACCAUGAGCUCCCUGUGGUGCUCAGGGGCUGGAGACGUCAUCGAGGACUGGUGUCGAUGUGACUCCACCGCUUUUGGAGCUGAUGGACUCCCCACCUGUGCGCCUCUCCCACAGCCCGUGCUGAGACUCUCCACGGUUCAUGAGCCCAGCAGCACCCUUGUGGUCCUAGAGUGGGAACACUCAGAGCCUCCGAUCGGGGUGCAGAUUGUAGAUUACCUCAUCCGUCAAGAAAAGGUCACUGACAGGAUGGACCACUCCAAAGUGGAGACAGAAACGGUGCUGAGCUUUGUGGACGACAUCAUCUCUGGAGCCAAGUCUCCUUGUGCCAUGCCCUCUCAGGUGCCAGACAAGCAGCUUACCACCAUCUCUCUGAUCAUUCGGUGCCUGGAACCGGACACCAUCUACAUGUUCACCCUGUGGGGCGUGGACAACACCGGACGGCGUUCCAGGCCCAGCGACGUGAUCGUAAAGACCCCUUGCCCCGUGGUGGAUGAUGUCAAAGCCCAAGAGAUAGCAGAUAAGAUCUACAAUCUCUUCAAUGGCUACACCAGUGGGAAGGAGCAACAGACGGCCUAUAACACCCUCCUGGAUCUGGGUUCUCCAACCCUACACCGAGUCCUCUACCACUACAACCAGCACUAUGAGAGUUUUGGAGAAUUCACCUGGCGGUGUGAGGAUGAACUGGGCCCCAGGAAAGCUGGCCUCAUCCUUUCCCAGCUAGGCGAUCUCAGCAGUUGGUGCAAUGGCCUCCUUCAGGAACCCAAGAUAAGCUUGCGACGUGGCUCCCUGAAGUACCUGGGCUGCCGCUACAGUGAGAUCAAGCCCUACGGACUUGACUGGUCAGAGCUCAGCCGGGACCUCAGGAAGACGUGCGAGGAGCAGACCCUGAGCGUCCCUUACAACGACUAUGGGGACAGCAAGGACAUCUAG